AGUAUACGAGUUCAUUCGCUCUUUGCAUUCUGAGAAGUUCAUUCGUCGCGCAAUGGCUCGUACCAAGCAAACUGCCCGUAAAUCAACUGGAGGAAAGGCUCCCAGGAAACAGUUGGCUACUAAAGCCGCUCGUAAGAGUGCGCCCGCUACUGGAGGAGUGAAGAAGCCCCAUCGCUACAGGCCAGGAACUGUCGCUCUUCGUGAGAUUCGUCGUUACCAGAAGAGCACUGAACUGCUCAUUCGUAAACUUCCGUUUCAGCGACUUGUUCGUGAGAUAGCUCAGGAUUUCAAGACCGACUUGAGAUUCCAGAGUUCGGCUGUAAUGGCCCUUCAGGAAGCUAGUGAAGCUUAUCUCGUUGGUCUCUUUGAAGACACCAAUCUCUGUGCCAUCCACGCCAAGAGGGUCACAAUCAUGCCAAAGGACAUCCAAUUGGCUCGUCGUAUUCGUGGAGAGAGAGCUUAAAUCAAGCUACAAUUAAACGAAAUCGGCCCUUUUCAGGGCCAUCAAGUGUUUUCACGUAGAAAAUGAUAAUUUUCGAAGAAAAAUUACAAUGUCCAUAGUUUUUUAAUCUUUAUGGAUUCACCUUUAAAAAAUAUCAAUUUUUAGAUUUCAUAUUGAACUGUUCGCAUUACGAUGAUUUAAUGCAAUGAAUAGUUAUCUUAAAAAUAUCUUAAAAAUAUUAUAAAAUGAUUUGAGUGUUAUACUAUUUUCUGUCUCUGUCAAUAUCUUCUUGCGAGAAAAAUCAAUAAUAAAACUGCAUAAAACUUAAAUUG